AAUGUUGAGCAUCACACAAAAGGGAUCGACGACGGAGUUGAGCGAUUUAGACAAGUGUCAUUUCGCUUUUGAAUGUUAUAAAGAAGCAUCGGGGCAUUUUUAUUUCUCGUGUUUAACAACAUGGAACAUUUAGCAGCAGAGUGCCUUGUGUCGAUGUCCAGCCGCGCAAUUGUUCACGGUCCGAAAGGGAACAGAGACAUGAUCCGACCCGAAACUGCGGCUGCACCCAGGAAUGGAGAAGAGACCAAGGAACCUCUGGUGAAGGACAACUCCUCUUCUCUUUUUGUUGUGGCCCGGAUUCUGGCGGAUUUCAAUCAGCAGAGCCCUAAUAAUCUCGCCGAGCAGGCAAAAACGAAAGAAGAAGACGACAGCACGCCACCGAGCCCAAGGCGAGAGGAGGAUGGAAACUCUGCCACACCUACCGCCGUCCCUGCCGACUCGGCCCUUAAACAAAGGGGCAAGCGAUGGAGGGCUCGGGCUGAGCAGGAGUCCCCGCAGAAAAAGCACAAAUGCCACUAUUCUGGCUGCGAAAAAGUUUAUGGCAAAUCGUCACAUCUCAAAGCUCACCUAAGGACACAUACAGGAGAAAGGCCCUUCCCAUGCACCUGGCCUGACUGCAGUAAGAAGUUUGCCCGCUCAGACGAGCUGGCACGGCACUACCGCACACACACAGGAGAAAAGAAGUUCGGCUGCCCACUGUGUGACAAGCGCUUUAUGCGCAGCGACCACCUGAUGAAGCACGCUCGCCGCCACUCCAACUUCCAGCCAGCCAUGCUGAAGAGGCAGCAAGGAGGCAACAGCACGCUGAACACACCGAGCAGCACACGGCCCGGAUCGCUGAGCGACUAUAGCCGCUCGGAUGCCUCCAGUCCCACACUCAGCCCCACACUCAGCCCAGCCAACUCGCCUUAAACCCGCCUGCACUUUCCGCCCUCUGCCCCCUGCAGCUCAGUGCUGUUUUUUUUAACUCAAAUUAUUUUCUGUCAAAAGUAGUGAUGUUGCACACUUAUUAUCCGGCACCUCUCUUUGCUAAACCUUUUGCUUGCUGUGGUGUACUCUACUGUACAUAACUGCUUCCUGUAGUGCAAUUUUUUCUCACCAACUUCAUAAAAGAGAAAAAGUAGAAAACAGAGAAGAAAAAUGCCUUUUCCAGAUGGCAAUAUUUACAUGAUGUACCAUAUGUCUGUAUUUUUUAUAGCCUCUGGCCUCAGCCAGUUUCCAAUGUAUUUUUGUUGCUCUCUCUCUUGAUCAAAUCUGUUCAAGUGAACAAAAACGUAGACAGAAUUAACAAGUAUAAUUUCUCUCUCUCUCUCUCUCUCUCUCUUUUUUUUUAUUUAUGACGGGUUAGGGGGAGUGGCGCACACACACCUCAGGAUUCUAGACAGUUGUUUUUCUUUUCUUCUCCUUUAAUAUUCACACUGACUGCACAAUACAAGCAUCACUUUACUCUGAAAUUCAACAGGGGUUGAAUUUUGUGCCCUGCUCAGGGAUGGCCUUGUUAGCUUGAAAGAAUGAACAUGAAGAGAAAACAUACAUAAAACAGCCUUACACUCAACAAACAAUUUGCACUCUUCCUUUUGUCUUUUUUAUUGGUUUUCACAUCAGGUGAAACUAGUACUAGGUUUAACAGUCACAAAAACUCAAUAUCUGAUCUGGCUGUAAGACGUGGUACCCCAGAAUAGAGACUAGAAUGGAAUGGAAGUCAUUGUAUAUUGAGACUGGAAGUAACUCCUUUUGUCUUUAACAUUGCUCUCUCUCUCUAAUACUCUUUUUUUUUUUCCCACAAAACUGUGAGGGUUGUUCUGGAUAGGUCCUCAUUUUAAAGACUAUGUUAUAGUGGCGUAAAUCCAAUUUUUUGGUCUAGAUCUGACUUGUUCAAAUCUGCAUGCAGAAAAAAAAAAUCUUUUGAAAUCAGAUUUAAGCCACUAUUAUUUGUUCAGCUAAUUUGAAUAUAUAUGUGUGUGGUCAUACAACAGUGAGUCAGAUUAUAAUAUUUUUAUUUUAUCAUUUUAUUUUUUACAUCACACUUCACUGCACGUGGAAUUUUCUGGCGCAAUUAUGGUGGAUCGUCCUCAUGAUGUUAUUGAUUUCAUAAUUAUGUACGUGUGCCAGAUUUCUGGGCAGAGCUUUGUUCACACAGUAAGGACAGAUAUAUCACUUACAACACAAGUGUGAACCGUCAAGGCGAAAAAUCGGAUUUGAGGCUUGUAGUGUGAACAUAGCUAAAGAAAAUCCCUACAUUGUGUAAAUGUAGGCAAUAAAACUGCCAUUACAUGCACCACCUUCCCAAUGAGGAGAAUAGAUUCCACUGCUCUCCUUACAAGACUGAACCAAAUCCCCUAAAACGUAGAGGAUAAAGUUUCAAAGCAGCAGCACUGCACCACAAAGACUGCACAUGCAUCAGCUUCAGGAUUUUUCCACAACAGUACAGGUUUAACAUAUAUCAAGGGACCCGGGAUCUCUUUGAUUUUUUUUUUUUUUAAGAAAAGAGAAUUAAAAGGAGAAGCACAAAAGAGGGAACCACCAAAGACUAGAAGGUGUGCAGGUGAGAAUAGGAAAGCUUUUCUGCCUGUGAUAUCCAGAGCUGGGGGAAGGGAGAUCCAUUUGCAUUCUCAGGUAACGACAGAUGCCUCGGCCAUGUGACCAUACCCACCUUACUCACUGCCACCUGCCGCUUAGGAAAUGGCUAUGCUCAAAACCAGACUAUUCAUAGCGUGCUGGAGAGCGACUGCAGUGAUGCCAUCCUCAGCGUGCCGCUCUCACUCCUCCUAGAAAAAAGGCAGACAGUGAGAGGAUGGAUGAAGUGCUGAAGGGUUUCCCCAGGGUCUUUGCUCUGGCAGACUAAAAUGCAGCCUGGACGACUGCAGGUCUUCAGAGAGGAGGAAGCUGGAAACCGGGCUGAAGGAGAAUUACUGGGCUGGGUUGCUGGGGCAGUAAUGGGAGAUUGAAGCUCGCCUAAAGCAGCUAUCUGGAUGAGGCAUGGAAAAAAAAAACAUGCUGACCCCAAGGGAGCCAGAUAAAGACAUGGGCUUUAUCAUAAGCCGAACAGUUCAGCAGAAGAGACAGCCUGUCAGCUCUCCCCGCUGGCUCUUAGACUGGAACACAGCCCUCCACUCUCAUGCAUGCUGCCCCUCUUCCUGCCCAACCACUAAGCACUAACGGAAGAUGGAGCUUUCCGUCAUCUAUCAGUGUUCUGCAAAUGGCACAGGAUGGUGGAUCUCCUCUGAUUGGAUAGCAUCAAUAUUUGAGGACAUUGGAUUUCACAAGAAAGGAAGUUGAGCAAAGGAGAUAAGGGCUUGUGAACAAUGAGAAUGCUUAUGGUAUCAAUUAAAAUUUCAAGCAUAUCCUGUCAGAUCUGGAGUUCUGUAUCCUUGGAGAAGAAAAGAAAGAUAAAGCUACUGUUUUUUUUGUUGUUGUUUUUUUCCAGUACUAAGACCUUCCAGACUUUACUCAGACACGUCUUUCUUUUUUUUCUUUGAACAGCUGCCUUAAAGACAGUUGUAUAGAUCAGAAUAAAAUGAUAAGACGAGGCAGCACACAGCUGUAAGACUCUAUGGACUUUUUAUGUUCUUUGCUUAUCCAGACCUCUACACAGACGUCUUUACUGUUGCAGAGACACUGAUCGAAACAGUCAGUGUUGCUGCUAAACACAAUACCUCAAUAUACCAUUAUAGCAGCUGCUUUCAAACUUGAUCCUCAUUAAACAGGGGGCAUUAGACAUGAAAUAUUAUUGCUACCAAAUCCAUGCAGUAACAAAUACAUAUCAUUUAAGCAAACAGCAGUUUACCGUCCUUUGCUUGCUGAAGCUUGGGAAGAUGAAGGACCUUUGUGAGAAAGUGGUCUUUAUGUUUCUACAAGCCAUUCCUCACAGCUAUGCCUCAUCAGCUCAGGCCAGUAGCUCACAAAACCUGCCAUGAAUAGAGGCACCACUGUCUAAACUAUUUUGGCACUAGCCUCACACACAUGCGCAUACUUACACACUGAUGCACAUGUUCGUUCACCCAUCUCACACUUCUCAAGUCACUUUCACAUGCUCUCUGUUAUCCUUGGGUCACUUGUCAUACAUGCGCUCAUUCGCAUUGACUUUUUCACCUCGUAGAGGAAGAUGGGACUAGGGCACUGUGGCACUACCCAGCUGGGGAUGUGGUAUCCCUGGACUGCAGGAGCAGGUGAAGGCCUGUGAAUACCAGGCCUUGUCCCUCUCUUCACCCUCCCUCCCCGUCUCUCUCCUCCCUUCCUUCCCUUCCCCCAGGGCCUCGCAGCCAGAGUCUUUCAAAACAGCACACAUAAUCAAAGCUCUCUCUCUUCUCUCUGUCUAAAGAAAACACCAGUAACAAAAUGAAACCGCAUCACACAUGCAUUACUCCUGCAGCAAGACCACACAUCACGCUUUCUCACCAUUAGGUCAUUUUUAACAGAUUCCAGAGGUGUUGGAAUCAAAGUGUCAACCUAUUCCACUAACACUGGAACACUAAAUUAGUAAUUACCAAUUAGCUAAACGCCCUCUAGGUUGACGUCAUCAACAAACCCAAAGAGGAGAUAAUAAUACCUUUCCAUUCAUAUUGCUGACCAUAAGCUUUUACUCAUCCCACCAUAGAGCUGUGUGUUGCAGUGCACUGGAAGUGCUGUAGGUCAUCUCUGUGUUCUCUUCAUUGUUGGUCAGAGAACAUGGUGACUUCUCUGUCUUUAAACUCUCCUCUGGCCAAAACCAGUAGCAUGUUCAAACAGCACGCAUAACCAUGGGUCUUUACAUUGGGUCUUUACAUUGGGUCUUUACAUUGUUCUCACUAUCUUGGGUACUGGUGAGAUAUAAUGUAAUGAGUAAAAUGUUUCCGUCCACUCUACUCACCUGUCCCAGGUCAGCGUGAGACAUGUAAAAACAUACAUUUUCUUUUUCUCCAUAUAUUCACUGUACUGAAACGACUUGAAUCAGAAAACGAGACCAUUGAACAUAGUUUGUGGCAUGUCUAGGGUAAAACUGUACUCACUCUGUCUUUAGCUUACAAUUCAACUUUACGUGUGAUUAUAGAUCAUGGAUGUAUUCAUCUGAUUUUGUUUAUUUGUAAUAUAUAUUUUUGUGUUUAUUAUUAUUAUUAUUAUUAUUAUUAUUAUUAUUUCCAUUUUCUGAAUGAGAAAAGCAUAUUUACUCCACAUUUUUCUGAUUAUCAUUUUUUUCCAACAACAAUUAUAGUUGUUAUUUUUGUUUUACAUUUUAAUCUCAGAUUUUUAAGCCUUGAGGAAGACAAACCCCAAGAGUUCCCUCUUUAUGCAGAGACACUGAAUCUUUGUUAUAAGCAGGAUAUAAUUUUUUUUCUUUAAAAGUUGUGGAGAGAAGCAGGAUAAAGGGGUGAACUUAACUUUUCUAAGGCUAAUCUUUUCUUCUUUAAUGCCUUGCACAUGAUUGAUAUAAUUAGCUUCAUUUUCAAAUGACACAUAACCAUAGAGACCAUAGCAUUGUGAAUAGGUAGUGUAGUUCCAUGCUAUUGUUAUUGUUACAUUUUAUUAUUCUCUCCUUGGUUAUAGAUGACGACAUUUGUGUUACUCAUUAUGUUUUUCUAAACUUUACAAAGCAACUCAGAAGGUUAUGAAGUAUGAAGUAUUUUGUCAUUAGAGUGAUGGAACAGAAAUAAUGGGCCAACUGUCAUGUCAACAUUACAUAAUUUAUUAAUCUUCAUUAACUCAAACUGGAAAAUUGAAAAAGAAAUUAAUUGAAUGUUUCAUGAAGUCCUUUAAUGUUAAUCAUGAAUCACAUUGAACUAUACAAACUUCCCCAAAUUAGCAUAAUUUAUUUUCUGUCUGUUGCCAGAAUUAUACUAAUCAAUUUUAGUAGAUUUUGAUUUUGGGAAAUGUCACUAAUAUUUUUUAAAUAGCACAUUAGCUUUGAUAAUAAGUGCCAAAGGCAUUAAAGUAGCAAUUCCAGGAGAAACCCUUAGAAAAUUAAUGCGUAUUCCAUAAUAGGUGACAUUAACUAAAUAACCUUGUACAGUUUUCUAUGAGUGAUGUGUUUUUAAGUACGUGUACAGGACUGAAUGAUGUGCAUUAGAUACCCAAGUAUUUUUAAGUUUAGCUCUUUUUUUCCUUUUGGUGUGACAUUAAUGUAGCUUUAUGCUGGUUUUUGUCUGAUUAUAUUGCUUUCUUAAUUUGUCUUAUGCUGUACAAUUUAGAACAUACAUGGUUAAAUAUCCUAAACUCUCGGACGCUAUUAUUGUUAUAUUAAUCAGAAGUGAGAACCCAACCAUUCCAAAGGAUUGCAAGUUAAUUUGCUGUAAAUGUGCUGCUUACAUCAAACCAAUGCAUAGAAGCUACAUUAUACUUUUAUGUAUUUAUUUUAUGUUCUGAUUUGGACUGUGAUGUAUUUUACUGAAAUACAUUUGUGACUAGUUAAUUUGGGUACUUUUAACAUUUUUUUUCUGCUGUUUUGACAAUGUGCUUAUACUAUAUUUAAUGGUGCCUACUGGACAAAAUAGACACAACCAUUCAUGUUGGGACACGAUAAGCAGUAAACCCUGAGCCUCUCAUAAAAGGGAUUUUGCAAGCCUGCUUGCUUGUGUACGUGCAGGUGUACAUAUUAUUUUGUAGCCAUUCCCACAAUAAGUGAAAGACAGACAUGCAAAACAAGAGUUAGGCCCAUAGAACUGUUGCAUGGAACAUGGGCCAAAGUGGUACAAAGCACCUGCCACUUGAGCCAUCAAGCAAAUGAACCCACACUGUACAAUUAAUUGACGUUCAGUACUGGGUUCCUGUAACUAGAGCCUCACUGGGUUGUCACCAAAGACUUAUGUGGAUGAAUGUGGGGAUGUUUGCAUUUGCGUUAGCUGGAAUUCAGCCCGCCAUUUCACAAAGCACAUUAGCGUGCUCUCAACUUAAAGGAAAAAAAUGUUUAUCCUUCAAACCAUAUGACUCAUUGGGUUAUUCCCAGAUGUGUCUGCCAGGAAGUUCAGGAAACAAAAGAAACCCUGUGAGUAAUGAACAAAGCCACGGGAAACUGAAUGGCUUGUUCAAUGUGUUAAUUUAGCCAGUAACAUAUAUUUGUGAAGAUUUAUGUAGACUGUUGUUUGCCCAUUAUCGCCUAUUGUUUCUUCUGGUCUGUCAAACUCUAAAAUGAUAGGUAGAAUAACACUGUGCUUGUGCAGGUUAGUUUUCUCCAAAGAACAUGUGAUUGGCAGCAUAAAUGCUCUUCAGUAAUUGUGCGGCCUGGGAGGGAAAACCCCCGACAUCAAGUGUGAACACAUUUUAGGAAUUACAGGAAACAUCCUCCAAAUAAAGAUGUAAAUGUUUACCAGGGGAAAAACAUGGUUUUGUUGUUGGCGGCAUCAUGUUGGUACCAUUAAUCCCUCAAAAUAUUUAAAAUAUGAGGAAAUAAUUGUGCAUUUUCAGUGUACAUGAAGGCUUGCAAAAUACAGUCAUGCUCUUACUCUUGGUCGCUGGUCAGUGACUGAUGCUUUUUAAGGCAUGAGUUCAUUUGUGUGAGUUUGGUGUCAGUCUCUUACUCUGCGUGCUUAGACUCGAACACACAAUUACUCUUUUAGAAGCACGCAGCAUCCAGUGGUGUCAGCAGGGACGAGGCUGCUGUCGUAGCAGCUGUUAAUGAGCACGCGUGACUGGAUGACUAUAAGAGGCUCAAACUCACAACCACCUUUCCCUUCGUUCGCUUUUUUAUGAUGUGCACUCAGUAAACGUGUCUUACUGAGAACAUCUAUGAGGCCCAACACCUAUGAUAUUUGACACAGAAUAGAAAAGAGCUGUCUUUAAAUAGGUUUGUUUUUCUUCAAGGCUUCUCAUCAUCUUCUCUCUAUAUGGGAGGAUUCACUUGUAGCUCAAUACCCAAAAUCUACACAUAUUAGUGACAUUAAUUAGUGAUAUUCAGUGGCCACAACUAAUUAUUACAUUUCUUUGUGCUUUUUGGACACCAAUGAUGCACAUUCGUUUGUACUAUGAAUCUCCAGUCAUCAAAUGAACAAAUACAGAUGUUGUAUAAAGAAUUUUCGGGAAGACAUAGAUGCUUCAAGCUGUCCUCUAGGCUUCAUGUGUAUACUUGGCUUGCCUUCCUGAUAUAUGUAUUAGUCUUUAUUUUCUAUUACCAUACAAUGCCUGUUCCUGUGACUACAGCGCAGCUAUAAAGCGCUUUGUACAAAAUAACUCAUAUUUCAACUAUGGCCAGUUUCUCUCUUCAUGACCUCAUUCACAAACCUGCCAUUCAUCACCAUUUUUAUUUCCUGUCAAUCAACCAAAUCACUACAGUGAAGUAUUACAGUUGUACAGUUCCAUGAAUUAUACCAACUCUUAAUGUUGCUGGUCAUGGUUGCUCUGCUGUAUGUUUUUAUGACAUUAUUUUUUACAUUCUAGACAAUAUAUUGUGACUCUGUCCUAUGCAAAUAUGAGAAUUAACAAGAAUUUGUCAAAUAAUGUAUGUGUCAACUUGUAUGCAUGAAAUAGUGAAGUUUACAUUUGAAAAUAAAUGCAUAAAUAAUCAGCUUUA